GAACGGUUGUAAGCGGAAAAACCCAAAGCAUAGCCGUGUACUUGACAAUAUUGUGCUGGUGAAUUUUUUUCUUCCUCUUGGACGAACUCACCACCCAAACGCAGAGUGGUGUGAGUGCGCGCGUGUGUUUGUCGCCAGGGGGUGGCAGUCCAUAUUAAUGCCUAGCAAUUGUUGCCUUGUUAGUGUGUGUGUGUACGAAUGUGUAUAUGUGAAAACGUAAGCAGCGAAGGAUGUAUAGAAAAAAAAACAACAAAAACAGCAAUAAUACAAGUGUGUACCGAAACAGCUGUGACAAGCGAUGGCAAUUUUCGAAGUUUCUUUCAGCGCUGAAUUUAAAAGCGUGUGCUAAAUCAAAGUGAGCUUGUGACUGUGUCUGUGUGGGUUGUGUGGACAUUUUGUUUUGUGUACAAGCAUACGCAUACAUACAUACGCGCGUGUUUAAUGAACAUACUGCGCGCAGCCGGUCGAAAAUAUGGGGUGAACACACACACACACCCACAAACAACCAAAAUCAAAGCGUGUGCAAUAAAAUAAAAUAUGCGAAACAUUGUGGAUUUUUCACUUUUCAGCGCAUAACGGUAUGCUAUGUGUGGCACGAAUAAUGCCAGCGGAUUAAUAAACUGCAGACGAAAGGAUUAUUGCCGACAGCGUCAACGCACAAAAAGUGUUGCAUAUUUUAUGGCGUUGCGAAGCGAGUGAACAGCAUUAGAAAGAGAGAGAGUUACGCUUAAAAAUAGCAGAUUACGUAAACUUGCUGCACCAAAACACGCCAAAGUGCAUUUAAGUGAAAAAAAAACAAGCAAAUAAAAUCUCCAUUGAAAAAAGGGAAUUUAUUCAUUUUGGAUUUCAACCAAUGCAUAAUACCUAUUAUAUAGUCGCUUGUUAGCGCGAGUGAUUUAAGCAGCGCAAAUAUUUGCCAGCCAACCAAAAAGCAUAAAAUAAAAACAAAAAAACACAAAAAAUCCGCUAUUCGCAGUGAAGUGUGGCAGGCGAGGCGCAAAUACGUGUACGCUGUACGUGGAAGCAUCCGUGUUGUAACCUUGACAUGCGGCCUACAGCCAGGCAGCCAGCCCUUUAAACACACACACACAGUCAUGCAAGCAUAUGUGUAGUGUACCGUUAGUGUGUGUAUGUGUGAACGUGCAACCUGCGGCCUACAUUCAAAAGCGAAUCGAGCAGACGAAAACGCAAAGAACGGCAGACGCAUAACGGCACAUAGCAGCAGACGAGCAGUCACUUCCUUAGCGUCAUUGCCUGCUACACACCCUCGCACGCGCACGCACACACGCAGAGACGCUCAAGCGUUAAAAGUACCAUUUAUUUGCGUGUGCAUAUUUUAUACAUAAACCUUGGUGUAUCGCACAUACAUACAUAUAUGUAUAUGUAAAAAUAUAUAUGGUUGUGUGUGCGAAAGCUCGUCGCUUACGUAUGUAGGUACUCAGCUCGUCGGCUCCAGCAGUCUUGAAUGACUUUAGUUUCAUUUGUGUUUUCGUUUUUGUCACAACUGUCGAGUGGCAGACAAAAAGGCAACGGACAAUGGUCACGUGUGUGUGUGUGUAUAGUGUAUAAUUUGCCAAGUUAACGAGUUGAAGUGUAGACUGCAGACCAAAAAAUAUAUAAAAAAAUUAAAUUUAUUAAAAAUAACAACAAUAAAAACAAAUAAUCAAUUUAAUGCAAACUUGUGCUUUGUGUGCUCAAAAAUCGCGUCCGUUAUAAAACUCCCGUUCGGCUUAGUUUUGUACCGUUAAGGCUUCUACUAGUUAGCGCUUCGUUUUGUUACCGCUUUGACGGCACUGUGAUGUACUUAUUCCCGUUACAUAACGCCUGUUACUUCAUCUCUCCACUUCAUCUCCGUAAACUACGUGCUCUACACCAGCAACAACUACAACAACAACUACAUCUUCAUCUCCACCAAAAACGUCUCGAAACUCUACACUACCAGCUGGGAUUUUAUCUUCAAAGCUCAAACAUAGCCGAUGCUUUUGAAACAUGCCCAAACAAAGCAAUGUUGCCACGAUUACCGCUGCGACAGACGAUGGCGCUGUGAAGCCGCAUGAGUCCACUUUGAACGGUGGCGAUAAUAUCAUAACCAUCAGCACGAGCAGCAUCACCGACGAGUGUCACUCAUCAGCGCUCGACGAGCAUUCGUUAAAGCCCCCCGCAUCAUCACCGAAAUCAACAACAGACAGUAACGAAACUGCCGAUCGUCAGCAUUCCUGCACAUAUCUGAAACCGACAGCUUCAGCGAUCACCGUCUCCAAUACAGCGACCAGCAACGCCGCGGAGCCCGCAACACAAACUCGCGCUUCCCCACAGUGUUGUGAUCUGUCGCGUUGCAUUUCGUAUCAAGAGAAUAUCGCCGAUGUGCAUCAUCGCCGCGGCCGUCGUUUGCAUGGCUUACAAUUGCCGCUACAUCCGCUACAAGUAUUCGGUUGGCUUGUGCUCAUACUCUUCGGCAUAGCCACAUUCUGUGUACUGAUACCGUCGUUCUCGAGUGAAAUACAGGGUCCGCUAUACGGUCUCGUUGGCGGUUUGUUUGUCGUGCACGUGGUGUCACAUUUGACCGCACUCCUUACCGAUCCCGCCGAUCGUGAGCUGCAACGUGUGCAUCGCAACGAUCGCAUAGUGCCGGAAUUCGACCGCAACCGUCACGCGCAUGUCAUUGAAAACGGUCGCUGUCAUUUGUGUAAUAUACGCACCUCGUCGCAGCGCACAAAACACUGUUCGGUUUGUAAUAAGUGCGUCGGCAAGUUCGAUCAUCACUGCAAAUGGUUGAAUCACUGUAUCGGUUCGCGUAAUUAUGCGGCAUUUCUAAUGUGUGUGGUCAGUGCAGUGGCCGCGACGGUGGUCAUUGUCGCAGCCGUGGUGGCGCAAAUUGUGCUCUACUACGUCCAUCCCGAAUGGCUGAGCUUCUGGCAGUCCACAGACGGAAAUGGAACCAACGUUGCAAGCGGCUACCCCGCUGCGGUGCUCUACGCACGCAAUGCCAGCACGCUUAAUGAUACAACGGCCGAAGCUGGCAAUGCCACGGCCAACAUUGAAUUCGCCACAAAUGUUACCGCCAAUAUUAGCGCUUAUCUGCUGGAUACCGAUUUGUUGCCGGAUAAUGGGACGCUGCCAGCACUUGCUGAGAACGUGAGUACACUGAUUGCGGACACAAUCAACGACACCCUGCUGUCGCACUUGAAUCAAACAUACAGUGGAGCCGGCACAACGUCGGAUACGGCAGGCGUCACUUCGAACAAUAAUGUUACAGUGGCCACGAUAGCCGGCAUUGGUGUGAGCGAUACAAUAUUUUUGGUGCUUAUUGGUUUGUUAGGUCUGCUGGCCGCCAUCACCGCUGGACUGCUUAUGCAUCUCUGCUUUUUCCACAUAUACAUCUCAUUUUUGGGACUUACGACCUACGAGUACAUACGCAACCAUCGGCAAGCGCAGGAGCUCAAAGCCAAAGAAGCCAACGCCAAGCAGCCGAAAAAAGAUCAACAUUACCCUUUGACUCCGUCCAAAAAGACUAACGACUGUGGCCAAAUUUACUUUUGUUCAAGUGCACGACAUCCGAACGCCAUCAAUCCCGCUGAUGUGCAUUAUUUUGAAGCGCGUAAGCCGCCACCAAAACGCGACGACAGUCCGCGCUCGCGUCUACAUUGCUGCGUUAAUUCCAGGGAAUAUCAUCAGUCCGCUUCGAAGACAUACUACAUGUGUUCGCUGCUCGAGGAGAACGCGGUGCACUCACCGCUUGCAAUAUCGCAUAUCAGCGGCGGAGACAGCGUCAGAGCCGGUCGCAUGUACGACGCAAGCGACACCGCUGAAGCAACAGAUAGAGGGUACAAGUCCUUCCAUUGCUGUUCUUCAUUUGGCGCGAUGGCGACGCAACGUCGCGUCAGCGCUGCAACGUCCAAAGCCACAUUGGUCAGCGACUUGGAGGCGAUAAGCGCGCGUCGCUCUUACAUGCAGUACACCGAGCAAUGUACGUUGUGUACCUUUCGUAUACGCAGUCCCAUAGUGAGCAAACGCGUCGGCGAUGUAAGCGGACGUACGACCAGUGCCAAGCAACGCAGCGCCCAUGGUCCGAGAGAGUUGAGUCCAACGCCGCGCACCGUUUCGGCGAGUUCGAAAGUGGUUAAUAGCGAGCAUCAACGCUGCUGUAUGAAGUCGAUAUCGAAGAAUCAGCGUUGGCGUCGAAAAUGGAAUUGUUGCUCGAAUGUGCCCGACAGUCCCGACGUGCCGAAUGAUAUUAUCGCCGCAUUGGCGAUGCGUCACCAACACAGCACUGCCACCAGCAGCGGCAAGAAAGUAAAUGCCACAGAGAUACCAGUGCAUUUCAUUAAAACAGUCAAUGGUAGCGGCAGCGGUGACAGCAGCACUGCCAGCCUCAGUGGUAGCCGCCCAACCUCUCCACGCAGUGCCAAUCUCAAAGCAAGUUCACGCGUACGCCACACACGCACCUGGCCAAUGCCACGCCUACGACACAUGAUGCGUAUGCUGGGUCGUUAUCGUCGCACGCGUUGUCGUCAAACGGAUGUCAACAAUGCAAUUAGUGCCGUUGAUGAGCAUCAGGUGAAACAAAAUCAAAUCCGCCCAUUACAUUUGCAGCCUAGCGGCAAUGGCGCCUACAGUCGCCAACAUCUUAAUAAUCACCAACAAUCGCAACAACAUUACAACGACAGCAGCUCACCACAGCCGCCCUCAUCCACAACGACAGCGUCGGAGCGUAGCGAUCAGAGCCUCUACAGUGAUUCGAGUAAUCUCACAACCCCCUCAGGUCAGACGCCCAAUGCCAUUGAAACGAUUCUGCCCACAUCAGUGAUACGUGACGACACGUCCAUGACAUAUACGACACCCAUGGGAAUCACAUUGCCACCGGCCUUGCCACCACCGACGCGUCGCAAAAUACCGAAUCCUACAAAUUUGGAAGAGCUCGCAGAGACACUGAGUUUUGUCUCGCAUUCGUCGGGCGGCAGUUCGGGCACUCUAUCGCCGGUGCAAAGACUUCCUACGCUGAGCAACGUUUAUCGCCGUCAGCGACGCAAACAUUUCUUACGUACACGUUCACCAACUUUGUCGCCAAUACACGAGACCGGUCUGUCGAAUCCAACAUCACCGCAACCGGGUCGCCAUAAUGCAAGCGCCACCGGCUCAAAUGCCGCUGUUUCAUCGGUGGGUCUCUCUUGCGAUUCAGCUGAGUUGGCGCGAAAGAAUUCAUCGAAUAGUUCACUACAUAGCGUUAGUUCCAACUCCAGCAGUACUUAAAUAUUUCAAAUUUACCAUAUUCGCCAAUUAUUUUUUUUAUUGGUCAGCUGUGGAGUAAUAUUGAAGAGUCGUGUAAGAUGUAAAGGUGUGUGUGUUGCGCUGCUAACUACACCAAGUCCCAAUACCAGAAGUUUUCCAAAGUAGUUUUAUCAGUAGCAAUAUCGGUUACAUUUUAAUAAUGUCUUAUGUUCCGUGAAAUUUCUCUUAAAAACUACGAAUGGGUUUUAUUGCCAAGUAUUUUACUCAUACAGUCCGCUUGUCGAGUCUAGCAGAAAUAUUUGCCUAUUUUAUUUACUACAAAAAUGCUUUUAUAGAAAUGCCAAUAAUGAAUUUUGAAGUAUUUUUAUCCUUUGGAGGCAUAAUGAUGUUUAAGGUUAGAGCAGCGCUUUACCUAAGUCAUUUCACUUUCCCAUAUAACUGGAUCUUAAAAGUGCAACGGCUUUGCUUAGUUCCAAAAUCAUCAAAACUUGAUAUACGAUGACUUUUAAUCCAUUUGAAUUAGAGAAUCUUGCUACCAGUCUUAUAUAUCGAUUGUAUGGACUUAUUACAUAGGUCCAAAAAUUGUACCUUAGACUUACAGUUACUAUAGCGGGGCACUGGUCUGUUAUAAAAAAAGAAAACCAUCUUCCUCUUUCUCUUUGAAUGUGCAGCUCCAACACUAACCAGACACAGAAUACUUAGAGCCCAUAAAAUUGGCGCAUCCAGCGAUAAUAUAGCCCAGAGUGCCAGUACACCUACCUACCUGCCUACCAAGCGGCAUACGGUCUACAGUGGUCACCAGUUCAAACAUAAUUUCGAAAAAAAGCAUUUGAAGCUGCUGCUGCGGCUAGCUUUUUGCACUCGAACGUUUCAAAGCGCCCAUGAACCCUUUGCUAAUUAUCGAAUAACCCGAAAAGUAUUUACUUGAAAUUUCCAUAGAAUACUUCCAAUAUAUUAUACUUGAAGGGAAUGUGAAAUUCGUCGAUUUUUUAUUUAAUUAUACCGCCUACCACCCAACCCCUAAUAAAGGGGGAUCCAUUUCGAACCUCCGACUAAUUUUUUAAAGAAAAAACACAAACUUCAAAUUUAAUGGGGAAUGUUUAUUACUCUUCGAAAUAUCAUUCCUUAGCAUUUAUUUUACAUAUAAAGAUUAUCUCUUUCAAAUGUUAGCCGCAGCUACGCCUCACAUAGCUCAUCCAUUGAGUCCAAUUUCCACCAACUGGCAAAUAACACGCUUGAUGUUUUGCUUCAAUUUUUGAAUCGAACGGGUUUGUCCUUAUAUAAGACUUUACAUAUCCCCACGAGGUAAAAGUCUAACGGUGUGAUAUCACACGAUCUUGGUGGUCAAUUGACCGGCCCAAAACGUGAAAUUAUCUGCUCACCGAAGUGUUCUCUCAAUAAAUUUAUUGAUUGAUGCGAUGUGUGGGAAUGUCGCCCAGAUCAAAAGCUUCAAUUUCAGGCCUCCGAUUGUUGGUUAUCAUGGCGCGAUAACGGUCACCGGCAUAGUUUUUAAAGUAAUAUGAACCCAUGAUUCCACCGGCUGACAAACUACACAAAACCGUUGUUUUUUCUGGAUGAAAUGCCAGCUUUUGAUAUCUUUUCAGUUCGAAAUUAACCAGAAUCGGAAACGUCGGAUUUUCUUGGAAUUUUUCAAGAGCCCUUAGAACUACGUGAUGUCGCGCGGCUUAAGAUCUCGACGUAAUGAACAAGAAUAAUAUGACAGCUAAAAAGUAGCUCUACUUGGAUAACCUGUUACAAUAUAUUUUAUAUGAGAAAGAGCGUAUUUCUGGGGGUUCCUUAAUAUUAUUUUUAAUUUUACUGGUUGGAUUUGUGUGCAGCUCUUCGUUUUUUAACCAAAUAAAUUUGUAUGCCUUUUUCUCUGGAUAUUUUAGAAUAUGUGAGGCAAUUUUCAUACGAAAAAUAUACCUUAAAAAGUGGUAUAUUAUCCGUAACCGCAAAAGCUUUAAAAAUUUACCAUUUAUACUUAAAUAUAACAUAUGUAUAUAAGGAUGCCUGUUUCGCCUAGCAAUUUCUCCUCGAAUUCAUACACACACACUCACACAUGUGCAUGUAUUCUCAGAUAUUCGUGCCUACGAAAUUGCAUGUUAGCAAAUGUACUUGUAUAUGUAUUUCUAUACAUACGUAAAUAAGCAAUUUGCAUAUUGUCCGAGGUUCAUGGUCAGUACGCCUUUUAUUUCUGCGAAUUUCCACGGUAAUAUUUCACCUGUCACAUUGUUGUAUUUCAAUUAAAGCCUGUUAGGUUUGUUUUGCUCAUUUACAUAUGUACAAGCGAUAUGUAGAGCCAAUAAUGAAUAUAUAUAUAUAUAUAUAUAUAUAUACAUGUUUGCAAAUAAAUCACCUAACUACGAGUAUACUAUAUGUAUAUCUUUGUGCAGCUGCUUAGUCCUGCAGUAAAAAUUCACACUUCGCAAAUAAGCAAUCGAAACGGCUGUAUUAGCUCGAGUGAACUGCUCUUGAACUAUUAUGAUCUUGAUUCGGUCUGAGAUUUGGAAAUAUAUUUUAUUUUUCAAUAAGAGCGCUACAAAGGUUUGGGAUGUCAAUAAAAUGUUCUAUUCCUGUGAAUGCACAUUCGAUACCAUUAUUUAUGGAACUCGAUUUCUUUAGCAUGGCCACCACGGGCACGCUUGCAAAAGUCCAGACACUGAACCCAAUCGGCCGUACGAAGAGUUCAUCAAUCGUCGCUGGCUUAUUGGCAUAUAUCAUAAACUUGACGUAGCCCCACAGGAAAUAGUCUAACGGCGUCAAAUCGCACAAUCGAGGCGGCCGAUUGACGGGGCCAUUUCGUGAGAUAACAUAAGAUAACACGUUCACCAAACUUGGUUUUCAACAAAUCGAUUGUGACAUUCGCUGUGUGGCUUGUCGCGCCGUACUGUUGAACCCACAUAUUGUCCAAAUCCAUAUCAUCCAAUUCGGGUCAAAAAUAUUCGGUUAUCAUUGAGCGGUAGCGAUGCCCCAUUCACAGUAACGUGCCGGUCUUGGUCAUCACGGAAGAGGUACAGCCCAAUGACGUCGCCGGCCUAUGAACCGCACCAAACCGUAAUUUUCUCGGAAUACAAUAGUGACUCUUGGAGUACGUGUAGAUGCUGCCGGACCAAUAACGCAUAUUUUGCUUAUUGACGCAGCCAUUCAGACAGGAAUGAGCCUCAUUGCUGCAGAAAAUUUUUCGAUGAAAAUUCCGAUCAUUUUCAAUUUGAUCUUGUUAGGAUGUACACGUCAACGUCACAGAGUUGCCCAACGCUUGAGAACGACGUGUGAGAGACUGAUUUGGGUCUUCCUCAAUUGAUGCUUUAGCGGCAGCAAUAUUCUCGACACUAUAGACACUUCUUUGUCUCACUGGCAUGGGAACAUUUUGUACUGUGCCUGUGGAUUGAAAUUUUUCCACUAGACGCUCAAUUGUUGACGUGACAGGACGAUUAUGACGACCAUAAAUUGGACGUAGCGCUUUUAAAGUUGAGUCCACUAACUCCGAAUUUCAGUAGUAAAUUAUAAUAAUUUCGACUCGUUGUUGGAUCGUAUAUCUUUCCAUGAUGAAAUUGAAAACUUACUGAAGAGAAAUUUCAAAAGAGCGGGAAGAAUAUUGGUGUCGUUUGCUGUCCUCAUCGGUUUACUUUUGUAGCGUCCCUACUGAUAAACCCGUAAUCGGAAAAUACUGAAAAUACAAGUACGACCCGCUAGAUACCAUACGAUUAUGUAUUCAAAGCCUUAUUUAUAAUUGCGAACAAAUAGAGAAUUGUAGACAUUUACUAAACACGUCACAUCCGCCAUUUUCAUGUUUCUACGAAUGGCUGACUUUCAUUCAUUUUCCUCCUUUCAUAAUUAUAACAACUCAAUUGUUUUAUAUUAUUUUUCCUUUCUUGGUUUGUGCAUCUACUCAACCCACUUUUCGUUUAUAUUCAUAACAAAAUUACUUCAACCACAUCUCCCGCCCCUAAUUAAAAAUUUGCCUUGUUGCUACGCCACUGUUGUUUACUCUACUACAACAAAGCGGCGCGGAGUCAGCAAAGAGAAUUCAGUAUGAGUCCAGCUAAAUGAAAUGCUCUGCACUUACCGGAAUGUAAUUGUACAGCGUUAUACGUGUAUUUAAGCUUGUCGAAGCACGACAAACAUUGAAAGCAGUCAAGAUGAGUCUCGGAUACCGGUAUACGGAGGACGCGGUCAUUCGCGAAGUGUCGCUGCACCUUUACUUCGCGCAAACGCUGGCUGUUUUUUGCUUAUCAUUGGUAAUAGUCAGGCAAUAAAACAAUUGCCAUUAAGCCGGAAGCAUUUUUCCUGCUCGGCACGUCAUCCAUUCAUUCUCUCUCUCGUUGAUCCCUUUUGAGCGAGUGGACGCAGAGCGGUUGCCAAGUCGCCUAACAAAGAAGAAAAUAAAAUUUCAAUAUAUCUGCAAUUAUAGAUAAGCAAGAGUAACAGGCAAGGUGUCGAGUCUGUUGUUGGAGCCGUCAGACGACACUUCAGGUCAGAAGAGCGAACGAGUGUAAGCGCAUUGAGCUUUGAAGUUGAAACCUUUUUCAUGUACGUUGUACUUAAAUAUGAUGGAUUAGUCGGCAACUCUACUUUACAGAAUGGAUAAUGUAUAUAUGUGCAAUACUAACACCAGUCGCUAACGUUAUAGUGCUGGGAGUAAUCUUAAAGCAUUAUUUGAUACAAAUCGAUUGCACUUUAAUUUUCAUGCAAGAUUUUUUAUGAAAGGAUUUUUUCAAAAUAUGAAUUAUUUUAUAUGUACAUUUUUAAUCGAACAUUAUAAUAUUGAAUAAUUUAAAACAGUUCGACUCAGACUAAAUACUGCUAGCCGGCCAAGGUGCCCCACUAUCAGACACAUUUACGAUGUCUCUUCAUAUGUUGUGAACCCUAUGAUAGCUCAAACCAAAAACAUAGCGUUUUUAGAUAAGGUUCGACUUGACUUGAAAGAAAUUUGAAAAACAUAAUAUGUAAUAACUUUAAAAGUGAUGGCUGUUUGUAUUGAUUCAGUUCCAACCAAAGCUCCCUGCGUUGACCAUUACUAAUCCUUGAAGAUCCCAUCUAAAAUCAGUCAGACAGAAAAAAAAUUUAAUUUUUUUUUUGCUUCGUCGAAUUUUGUUAUUAAGUUAAGAAAACAGAUUUUUUCAGCUUUUCGGGAAAACCCAACAGUUAAUGUUUUAUAAAAAAUCCUUCGAAUUAGUUCAGCUUGUCAUGUUUUUAAAAAGUUACAUAGGUUAUGUCAGAUUAUACAGGCCCUUAGUAAUGCCAGUUGAAAGUUUAAUUUAAUUUCAGGUGAAACUUUCGUCAAACAAGACGUCAAUGGUUUUUGUGAACUUUAAGAGCGACGUGGUGUCUACGUUUGAUACUUCGUUUAGAGCUUGGAACUCCGAAGCACCUGGAUACUUCAGCCGAGUUCAAGAUAGUGCUGGACAAAGGCAAAGGAGGUGUACCAGCGUCUCUCUCAUUUUAACUUCUCUUCAUUGUAUGUAUCGAUAUCCCUUAUGCCCAUCUGGCUCGCAUGUGAUGCCAGUAGAUUGUGAUCUGUCAAGAGGUGUGAGUAAGAAGCAAGCGAGUUUUCCUAAGGGUCUCUUGCACAUGAUCUUGGUGAUCCUGCAUGUACUUGAGGCAUUCCAUAUCGGCCAGAUCCUCCUGUCAGUCCUUUCGUAAAUUUCGUUUUAUAUAGUAUGUAGCUCUAAGAGACUUCCGUAUUUUCUAUACUGUAGCCAGACAUAUGACACUUUUGGCAAUAUCAUCAACUGCUUCGUUUCCCGAAACUCCUUUAUGGCCUGGCACCGAGUAUACGACUGUGAACACCGAGUAUACUCGUAUAUGCAGCCGAUACAUCUACUGUUUCCCUACUUCUAAAAACAUUCUCUGAGUUUGGGUGCUUUCCUUUCAAACUUUUUCAAAAGCUCAUUAGCUACAAGUGACCAUAGGAGUGGUGACAAUACAUCCCCCUGCGGAUUUCCCGUUUUCGGGAUGGCUUCGUUCCAUGCCGCAUUAAUCUUCCUACAGCUCAGUAGAGUUUUUAUUCAUGCUAUAAUGACAGAUUCCAUCUGGGUUGCUACCAGACUACUGACGAUUGCGUUAUUGGAGACAUUGUUGAAUGCUCCAUUUAUGUCUAGAAAGACAACCAGAGCAUACCUUAUGCUCUAGUGCUCUUUCUAUAUUUAGAGUUAGCGAAUGAAGUGCAGUUUCCGUGAAUCUACGUAUAGGCGUGCUGUGCUUUCAUCAUCUUGGCAAUAAAAGCUUUCCUCUUAUAUAGGCAUCUAGAAUUUUUUGAAAAGUCUUCAGAAGGAAUGAGGUGAGACUUAUUGGUCAGCAUUCUUUCAAAUAAAGUGAGACUGCUUUGCCCGCCUUUGGUGUGAAUACGAUCUUCGCCUCUCUCCAAAGGAUAUAAACAUAGUUAAGCCUCAAACAUCUUUCGUAUAUUAUGAUUAAGUAAGGAACCAGCGUUCUUGAUACGUUCUGCAUCCUGGCCGAAAAAAUACGGUCCAUGUGCGGGGAUUUAAACGGUUCGAAGCCGUUGAUUGCUCAAAGUAUUUUGUUUUUCGUUAUGAUAUCUGUUGGGACAUAUUCUACGCUAUCUCUUACAUGUUGGAGAUCUAAAGCGUCUAUACACCCUGAAAAAUGAAUGCUGCAUGCAUCCAGUUCACUCUCCACAUUUUUGCGUAGUAGCGUAGCGGUAGUCGGGUGCUUAGAUAGUAACUUCUUGAGUGGUAGUAACCUACUUCGGUUGUCUUUUCUAAAUUGUCACAGAAACUCGUCCACGACUUCCUCUUGGCUUUACGAUCUUCUUUUUUAUAUGCUUGAAGUACGGAUCUGUAUUCACCCAGCAGGACUACUCAUUAAUCAGUCUGGGUAGUUUGAAGAGUUUCUUGACUCUACGCCUUAGCAAUCUGAGCUCCUUGUUUCACCAAGGUAGCCUCGAUUUACCCUUUGCGCGUAUUGGAGGGCACGCGAGAGACGCUUUCUUGAGAACAUUCGUGAGCGUGACUGUCCGUAUCUCUGGUUUAGAGAUUGAGUCACAUUUCUCUGGUCUCAAAAGGUUACAUAAAUUUCAUUAGAAUCUGCCGAGCGGGUUUCGAGCUACAUUGGUCACCAGUUAAAAAAUAUUUUUUUGAAAAAACAAAACGCAAUUGAAGUUUUAAAUUUACUCGUGAGUCCCAGCGUGUCCAAGGACUCUUUACUAUUUAUCGAAUAACUCGAAAAGUAUUUGUCAAAUUUACUUCAAAUUUUCACAGAAUAUUUCUAAGAGAUUAUACUUUAAGAAAAUGCAAGCAAUGGAUAUAUGUAUAAUAUUCCUACUAAAUUACUUGUGUGAGUGUUGAAGGAAAAAUUUGUUAUUUGAGAAUUUAUUUUAUAUAUUUAUUUUUUAUUUAUUUAGAAUUUAUUUUAAAUACAAGAAACCAUAAAGCUUACAAUAUUCAAACAAGAAGUUCAGUAAGAAAAAAAACUGUUAUAUUUUCAUCAUUUAGCCCUAUGAAGUCAAUUUAAGCAUGACAAACAAGUAAACCUUUUCCAGAGGCUAAUGGAAAAAUAUAUAUGUAUUUUUUAUGUUUCAAUAUUUUUUCUGCUUUUCCUUUUACUUACUAAGCAUUAGAAAGAAAUAAGCGAAGAAAUCGAUAAUACGAUUUGAUUUGCUGCUGGUCUAGUCCUUUUCUACGCUCGCAGGUCAUUGACACACACACCUUUGCAAACACACAUAGAAGCACCUAUAUGGUAAAUUAUACAUACAUAUGUAUGUAUAUAUAAUCUAUAAGUACCAUAUAUACUUGAACUUCGUGCAUAAAAAGAAACAACACCAAAUGGACAAGUUCAACUAUGAACACUCGCACGAUCCAAUGUAGCGAAGAACUUUUAUAUUCUUCAUUUAUUUAGAAAGCAAUUUGGCGAAUUCUCUGUACUUGUAGUUCAACUGACAGUUAUAAAGACACACAACAACAAACAUACAUACAUACUUAUAUAUAUAAUGUGUCUAUUUUAGUGAAACUGUAAUUGGAUACAAGCUGGUCCUUUCAAAUUGUUAACAGCCGAAUGUAUGUAUGUA